UAUUCGCGGGACCACCACCCCGUUAAAAUAUCUCUCAAUAACGGGAUUAAAAUUCACUCCUUGAUACUGCGCGAUAAAAUAAAAAAAAAAAUAAUAAUUUUCAUUAAGAUAUUUUAAUUUAGAAAGAAAAAAAAAAUUUAAUUGAUCUAAUAAACGUGAUUUAUUGCGAAACUAUUAGUUAAAAAAUUAAAGGAUCUCUUUGACCAAAAAUGAUAACAGCGUUACCUGUGCCUUCGGUGAAGGUUUUUCAUAAAACAUAUUAUCAUGAAAAAUCACAGAGAGCAGGUAAUAGCCAACCUGGAAGUCCACUUAGUGAUGCCGCUCUUGGAAUCGCAGAUAAAAAUCAACUAGAAUAUUAUUUUUGUGGCAAAAUAAAUGCUCUUCAUGUGGUCGUGUCAUCCCCUAUGUUGGGUGCAAUUUUGCUUGUUGUUGGAUUAGUACAAUUAUCACCACGUGCUGAAGCUGAACAAUAUGCAACAAUAUUAAUUUGUACUGGUUGUGGACUUAUUUUGCUUGGUGCUGUUUUAGCAUACUUGAGAGCACUUUGGAUAAAACGUAGAAAAGCUAGUGAAAAAGAAAGUGCACAUCAACGAAGUGUCUCGAGUAUUGACAUGUUACUUGCCCAACACAGAGAUUUCACCGUACUCACUCCAGAUGAACUUGAAGAUUUAGUUGGAAGACAAACACCAGCUAAUGACAACAAAAUACGUAAACAAGGACAUAAUACCUAGGUUUUGCCUGCCUCGAAGAGGGUGGCAACAUCAUCACCAUGUCCAACAACACCCUCAUCAUUGUCCUCAUCAUCUGCAUCACCUGGGACAAGUUCAUCAAUCUUAUACACACAUAGAAUCAAUUCAAAAGAACACAGUCUUGUCUGAUAUCGUAAAUACAUUAUUAUAUUAUUGUUAUUUUGAUAAUUUUAAAUUUUUAUCAUUUCAAGUUAUUUUAAUUACAUCAAACAAUGUCGAUUAUUAUAUAUUAACUUUUUCACAUAAAAAAAUGUCUAUUUAUAAAUAGCUUAGAGGUGUCAAAGAUAUCUAAUAGGAUUUUUUUUUUUUUUUAUCUUUCAUCCUCGAGUUUUAUUUAUAUUUUUUUAUUAUUUAUUUAUUUUUUAUUUUGUAAAUUAUAUUAUCAUCAAACUCGAGGAAUAAUAUCAUUUUUUUAUAGCCAAAAAAACGUAUCAGUUAAUUAAAGUUUUCGAAAGUAAUUAAAUACUUAAAUGUGAAAUAAUUUUUAUGAAAAAUGAAAAGAUAAAAAAAAUAAAUAAAAUAAGAAAUAAAAUUAUAAUAAUUACUUUUAAAUUAUUCUGAGGGGUUGAAUAUAUUAUUUAUUCAAAAAAUUUGGAGGUCUUGUCAGAUUAAAAAACAUCUUGUCUUGUUUAUUGACUUUUUUAAUUUGUUUUUUAGCUAAUUAACAUAUAAUUAGUUUAUUUUUUUUUGGUGUUUCUUUAAAUAAUUCUUCCAACAAAGUACAACAAACAUUCUACCAACACAAACUUUCUAUUUAUUAAUUUUUUAAUUUAAUUUUUUAAAACCUUAAAUUUAUUUUAAAAAUGCAUUUGAAUUUGUCAUAAAUGUGUUCGAAAUAUAUACUUAUUGUGACAUAAUUUAUUCAUGAAAUAAAUAAGCCAAGCUGUAAUAAGUCUGACUAUAAAUGAUUAUAUAAAAAAAUUGUAUAAAAUUUUAAUCUAAAAAAUUAAACAAACAAAAAAAGAUUAACGUCAUUUAUUUAAAUAAAAAUAAAUAAAAUAAUUAUUCUGAAAAAAAGAUGUCAAAGACCCAAAAAAACUGUAGAUAAAUUUCAUCUGAAUUAAUAAAUUUUAUAAAAUUUAGAUUCAUUUUUUUCCUCCAAAUUUUGUAGCUUUAGCAAAAUGCCAGAUGCAAUAAAUGCACUUGCACAAUGCUAUCGAUGUUGUGUUUUUGUACAAAUAAUAUAUUAUAAGAUAAUAUAUAUAUUUUAUUGUUAAUUGCAGCUAAAACAGCACCGAAAUAAAAUGAAUGAAAAAUUAUAAUUAGCCAAAUAAUACGUUAGCCAAAAGAGAGAAAAAAAAAAUAAAAAAUUAUAAUUAGAUUUUAAAAAUAAUUUAAACAGUCUGAUUGAAUUAUUGUUAUAUUGUCAUUCAUUGCAGCUUUAAAAUUAAUCAUUUUUAUUAUUUAAUUGUAGUCAAUGAAUAUAUGAUUGUAUAUUUCAAUAAUAAUUCUAUUAAUUUGCUUGGAAUUUUUUUAUAUAAUUGAAAUUGAAAAUGAUAAUAAAAAUAUGAUUAAUUUUGAAAAUUAAAUUAAUUAAAAUUUAUAUAAUCAUUGUAAUUAUGAAAGAGAAAAAAAUACUUCAAAACAUAUCCAUUAAAUACUAAAAUAACUCAUAUAUAAAAUUAAAAAUUAUUUUAUUAAAAUUUCAAUUUUUAGAAUUGUUGGAUACUCUAAAUGGCUGGUUGAUAAAUUUAUAAUUAAUUAAAAUUCAUCAAUACAUUAACUGAUUAAAAAUUAAAAUUGAGAAAAUUGUUUGAAGCCACAAUAACGUCAAUUUAUUGAAAUAUCUGCCUCAAAUUUAAUUUGUAAUUAUUUUAUAAUUUACAUGUUAUAUUUUAUUGUAAAAAAUAUUAUUUGACAAGAGUAUAUAACUGAUGAAAAAGAGUUUUAUAAAAAAUAUAAUAUAUUAAAAUUGUAUGGAAAUAGAACAGUGUCAUUUUUCCACUCUAAUAAUCAACAGCCUUAUGAAAAAUAUAAAAAUUAGAUCAACCAGUCAAAGUUUAAUCAUUAUUAUUGUUAUUUGCAUAAUGAAUAUUUAAAAUUAAUGAAUUUUGAAUGUUUGAGUCCGAAAAUUUGGGGAGCCAAAUUUGAAAAAAUCAGUGAUAAUAAUUAAUUAUGAAAGAAUCAAAGAAAUUUAAAAAAAAUUAAAAACCCUUAAGAUAGAAUAUCAGAGGGAAACAUAUCUAAGAUGUCAAAAAGACAAAAAAUAUUUUUUCAUUGCUAAAAUAUAAAAGUCCGAUCAAUUCCAAGUAGCUACGAAAAAAAAACAAAUUUAAAAAAAAAUUGAAAUAUCGAUUGAAGCUCAGUGAUGUAAUUUUCAGAUAAAAAAUUGAUAAAAAAAAAAAAGAAAAUUUCAGAAUAAUAUAAUGCAUAAUAUUCAUAAUUAAAAAAAAAAAAAUUAUAAAAUACAAACAAAUUAAUAACGGUUACAAUAUAAUUAAAAAAAAAAAAUUAUUAUUUUCUAAGUUGAUUUAAUAACAACAAAUUGGUAUAAAUUAAAAAUUGAUAAUAAAUUUCUGUGUAAAUUAAAGAAAGCAAAUGAAUUUAUGUAAUUAAAUUAUUGCUUUUAAUAUUUGCAAAUUAAUUUAACGCAUUAAUUAAUUAUAAAUCAUCAACGCACACUAGAAUUAAAAAUUUUAUAAUGGUGCUCUAUUUGAAAGUCAGGUAAUGCAAGAAAAAAAAUGAUAGAAAAAAAAAAAAAAAAACAUACUA